AGGCAAAAUAAAAUAUGAGGCCAAAGGUCAUCAAAGCAGCUGGUUGAAGAGUUGCAGAGAAAAUUGAAAUAUUUAUUGAAUAAAAUUUUAAUACAAUGUCAAAACUAUCACAAUUUCGAGAAUUAGGCAAGAAAAUCAUAUGCGUUGGCCGAAAUUACAGGUUCCGUAUUUCAUAUAAUAUUGUAGUAUGUUAUUUCAUGUAUAUUAACUUUAUCUUCAAAUAACCACUGAGUCUGAGAGUCAAUUACCAUUAUUUAUACUAUAAUAAUAUUAUACUAUAUAUUAUUAUAUUAAAAAUAUAUAACGUAUAUAAAUUAUAUAUAUAUAUAUAAAUAUAUAUUAAUUAUUAUUAAACGAGCUGGGGUUGCCCGUGUAAAAUGCGAGGUGCAUAAUCUAUCAAAUUCAUGCUCUUGAUCACAUAAUAUGAGUAUGGGUCCUACGAAAAGCACACAAAAGAACACUUGUAUUGUUGUUCCCCACAAUGGCACCUGCUGUUCCCCACCAUGGCACCUGCUGUGUGGUGUUUUACUCAACUGUGUGCCUACUUAUGAUUGCUCUAUUAAAUUAUUAAAGCAUUGAUGUGUUUAUGGAGUGAUAUCCGGAAUCUCACCCCCCCACCCCCACCUCGCUUCAUUAUUGCUAAUAGUAAAUUGCAGUUGAAUUUGUUGUUUUUUAGAUUGAAAUACCAGUAAUAAUAUAAUUAAUAUGUCAUUUUUUACUGCACAAAUAUAUAUAAUAGUAUUAUAUUUUUAUACAGUAAAAACUAUUUAAAAGGGGUUAAACUGAAUUAGCUUUUAACGUCCAAUCGGUAUGUAUUAUAGAUAAUUAUUAAAUAAAUUUAAAUAUUCAUGUCCUGAAAGCUGCAGACGCUCGAGUUCAGAUCAAAAUUCAAUUAUUUGCACAAAAAGCCUUUGCUUUUUGUGCCAAAGGCAGUUCUAAAUUUGUGUGCCCCUUCCUUCUUCAAAUUGAUAUUAACUUAAUAAUUUUAAAAUUUUCUGCUGGAGAAGACAGGAGAUAUAUGGCCUAAAAUUAAAAUAUGUCUCAUUCUGAACUGAGAAUAAACAAUAAAACAUAAAUUAUUAAUCAGACUUUGAAUGAAUAAAAACUAAUUGGUUUGAAAUUAAAAAGGCUUUUAUUGAAAAGGGGUAACAAUAACAAGAAAAAUUCUUGACUUUCAGUUCUUUCACUUUCAGUAAUUUUUCAAAAUUAUAUUGGGAUCAUAACUACUACACUAUUCUACAAGUAUUAUUUUUCUGGCUUUCGGGAUAACAAAAGCACUUAUGACAUCUCCAUCAUCUAGUCAACGGGUAACAUCAUUUUCAGUAUAGCACAGCUUAAGAUGUGAUCCUUUCUUGAGUCAAAGCUGGUCAUAAAUAGGUUGUAAUCAAUUUUAAUUUAUAAAAACUUCUUACUGCAUUUUAAACAAUGACUGGAAAUUCAGCAAAGUUCGAAGAGAAAUUACUAACUUUGGCUACAUUUGGAAAAAAAAAAUCCAGACAUUGAUUCUUGUGCAAACAUUUAAGAGAGUUCAGUGAGGAUUUCUUGCAUGUCCGUUAUGUAAAAAUAGAAAUAUUUCUUUACAUAAUUCAAAUCCAUAAAUGCCUGAGAUAUGAGAUAAAUUUUUGCCAAUUUUAUAAAUCUUUACAAAUUUUCAUCCAUUCCUAACUAUUACGAGAGAAUGUUUGUGCUACCGAUAUUAUUAAAAUUGGUGCUUUAUUUCAUUUGUUCAAAACGUUCUGUCAAAGCAUCAAUUGCAUUAUCAACUAUUAUGACCAUUUCAUCAUAAUAACAGGCUUCAGGGUCUUUAAUAGGUAUUAAAGUGUAUUGUAAUUUAAUUGUUAUUUUUUUAUAAUUAAAUUGGUUAAGUGGCUUUUCUUGUGACAAACUCUUAACUUUGUUGUUGGUAUACAAAAAAAAACUGGCUAAACAUCUAUGGUUUCUGCAAGUACCUUCGCUGUAAUCUUUGUGUCCUGGAAACCUUUGAAUGUAUUAAAAAUGUAUCUGCUUCUUCCAUAAGUUUAAAAACAUUUACAAUCUGUUGGUUUUUUUUAAAUCUAAAGCGAAAACCAAUUAAAAUAGUAAAAAUAACAAUUAAUUUAAAAUAUACGUGGUUAUAAGAUAUAAGGAGAUAAAAACCUUGAUUUUUUUUUCGUUGUGUCACAAAGGUCUUUUUCUUGUAUGUUCCAAUCCUCCUCCUUUUUUUUUACACCCCCGCUGGUCGCAUUUUAUAAAUUCACAUUGACAAUAAGUAACUCAAAUAAUGUAAUGAUUCCCCCCCAUUUAAAAAAAAAAAAAAUAUACAAAUAGCUGGGGUUUUUUUCAAAAGAAAUGUAGUAUUUUCCAUACAUAAAAUGCCUAUAUUAUACUUAUAGAAACAAAAUGUUCUUUUUUAAACUGUUCGAUCAGCAUGCUAUCUGUAAAAAAGCUCACUACUUAAACUUAAACAAACCCUAUUUCAUCAAAAGUGUCCCAAUUAAAACUAUUAACCAUUCUUAUUCAUUGUAGUUUUAAUUGAAAGUAUUACUAACAGUUACAGUAAAAAAAAAAAAGCAUUCCACUAAAUGUACUGUCAUUAAACAGCGCUAAUGUUUUCAGUUACAAAAUCCCAAAUUAUUUCAUAUAAAUAGCUAUUUUGGUUGUGAAAUGAUAAUCACAAGUGUCUAUCAGUUGUAUCCAGCAAAAAUCUUUGAGAAAAAUGUGAGUGUCACCUCUUGAACUUGUUAAAGUUAAAUGGUAAAACUAAAAUCCUCAUUUAAACUUUCUUCAAAUAUCAUGUAAUAGGUCAAAUAAAAAAAAUAAGGGUUGCUUUAUCAUAGGCACUAACUAUAUGACAUAAAAUCUUAUUAGAGAAAAUAUUUUUGACAAUUUUUAAUGAAAUAUCCCAAGACCUGUCUACAGUUUUUGGUUCAAACAAAAUUGUUACAAUAUGUGUUUUCUCAUAACAAACUUUGACCUACAACUUAUAGUACUUAUAGGCAUUUUCAAGCCCAAACAUGUCAACUUUGCACCCCGCCCCCUUAUUUCCUAUUUCGUUUAACUAAACAUCACGAAGCAAAACAUCAAUAAACACGGUGCAUAAUGACGGCCUGGAUGAAAGAGUUGUUUGUACUAUAAAAUCUCGAAAAAGAAAGAAAAAAAGCUCAACACGAGAAAAAGACAAAUCAUUUCGUCAAUCAAGCGGAGGAAAGAUCCCCUCGGUUAGGUGUAAUCACAAUACAUGGUUCUGCAAGGUGAGUUACCGGUAACUUUAUUAAAAAAACACAGAAUUUCAUUUUACAUUAUUAUUAUUAUGGUUAUUACACAUCAGAAGUGUUAAGGAAAUGAAAAUAAAAAGUUGCUUUACAGAGUUAGCUGUGUUAUUUAUUACACAUUCAAUAUUUCACAUGCAGAUCCAGCCAUGACAGAAGAAAAGGGUGCCCAAGGACAGAAAUAUUUGCCCUCUGAUUUGAAUGCAAAUAAGAAGCAUCAAUUUUUCCUGGAACAAAACCAAACUGCUAUUGAAGAUGAUGCACGCUCUGAAUAAGACACUUCAUUAUUUUCUAUUUUGUCGUUGUUCUAAAUUCAAAUAAAAUGAUUUGUGAAUUGAACAUUAUCUUGUUUACUUUUGUUUAGAAUUCAGAUUUAUAAAAACAAAUCAUGCAAACUUAUAUCACUCUAAACAUUACACUAUGACAAGCGACUUUCCAGCAUUUAUAAUACUGUUCUGUUAAUUAAUAUAUCAAUAAAAACAUUAAUCAUACACAAUUAUAUAAUGUAUAUGAUACAAUUUAAUUUAAUUUUUUAUGUUAGUGGUUUUUAAUCUUUAAACAACUUGAUUUAUUUGCUACCCGGAAUAAUGUUAUGCUAUCAAAAUGGAUAUACAGCAUUUUGUUGCUAAUUUAUAGGUGGAUACACAGCAUUUUGAAAAGAAAUAAGAAAUUCAGCAAAGUAAAUAAAUACAUUUUAAUUAACCUACAUUUCAAUUUUCAUCAAAAUCUAACUUAUAUUUUGAAUAUAUAUCUAAAUUAGCAUUUACUUUUCCGAAAGUUUGAGCCAUCAUUAUGUAGCAGAAAAAGUCGAUUAUCUCAAAACGCCAAAAAUGGAGAUACAGCAUUUCGAAAAUCGACUCACCAUAUGUUCUUGUUAGUUUCAUCUAAGACCAAUCACUUUGCAUGCUUAAGGCUGCAUACAGCUUGCAUAUUUGAAAUCUAUUAAUUAUAAUGUUGGUGAGUGGGCCAUAAAUAAAUAUUAUAAACAUUACAAAUAAACUUUAAUAAGAAAAAAAAAAUCUUAACAUUUCAGAGAACAUGCUGCUGAGUUAGGCAAUCCAAUACCUAGUAAACCAAUUCUCUUUUUGAAACCAACUUCUGCAUAUAUCACUGAAGGCCAAAUGAUAAAGGUUGGUACUUAACUUUUCAAAAAUAAAUUUAUAACAGGUGUCCCAACUUGUAGACCAGUAUUUUAAUUAAUUAGACCAAAGAUGUUCAUAGAUUUCACAAUUAAUGUAAGGGAAGGUUGUUUUUUCAAAGCUAAUAAUAAUAAAUAUGUGAAAUGACCAGAUGAUAGAAAAAUAGUGAGAGCUAAAAAAAGUUAUUUGACUUAUUGUGGAAUGAUAAUGAUGGAUUAUCAUCACUGAAAAUAUAUUAUUAAUAAUUGUUAAUAUUGACUAGAUUCCCCUGGGGUGCAGUGAUCUCAACCACGAGGUAGAGUUGGGAGUCGUCAUUGGAAUUCGUGCCUCAAAAAUCAAACAAGAAGAAGCCAUGAAAUAUGUUGGGGGCUUUGCCCUUGGUCUAGAUAUGACAGCUAGGGAUUGGCAGUCAGAGGCCAAGAAAAAUGGUCACCCUUGGUGUCUAGCUAAGGGGUUUGAUACAUCAUGCCCUGUUAGUGCUUUUAUUGACAAAGAGAAGGUAAAUUUCGUAGAUCAUUGUGUUUUUCAAUUUAUAAUACAGUGGUACCUCAGUAUACGUCCUUAAUCCGUUUCAGAUCUUUGGACUUAUACUACCAAACAUGACGUAUACCAAACGUAUUUUUCCCAUAAGAAAUAAAGGGAAAAUUAUUAAUCUGUUCCCAUGAAGAAAAAAAUCAUAUUGUUAUUGGCAUAUUAUACUAUAUGUGGUUGUAUCAAAUAAUUUAAACACUGCUUAAUAUUAAUACUAAAAUACAUAAAUAAAAAGAACUUAGGUGAAAUAAAUGAAAAUUUAACCUCACGUUACAUUGGUGAGAAGAGUCAAGUGCUUACUAAUAAUAGUAAUAAUAUCGUGCUGAGAAGGAGGAGAUGUUGUUUUGAAGGAGAGUCCGCUUCCAAUAAAACUUCAGGAAUAUGACAUUGUUUUUUCUUUUUUUCUGUCUCUUUUCCCUAGUUGACCCUGUUUGAGGCUCACUGGGUUUGACUUUUACAAAAAAUCUGUCUAAAGAGCUUUGCUUUUGACUUCUCCUCAGGAUGUUUUGAAAAUGUGACAUUGUGUGUUCAUUCCAGACAAUGCUACUAGUACUAGGACUUAUUUAGGCUUUGUUGGAGUGGUACUUCUAUGCAAAGUUUUUGACAUCCAUCCAUUUAGUCAUUUAGCAAAGAUUUCCUUGAUUAAUUAAGUAGGAGCUUCCUCUAUCUCCUCCUCCACAGAGCCUGAAAAGAAUGCAUCCAUCCUAGUCUUUGCACGAUGUGUCAUUUUGAUACAUAUAAAGUAAGUUCUAGCACGCACGCGAGUCGUAUUCCAAAAGAAGGACGUGUACCAAGCAAAUGUUUCUCGUCCAAACAGGACGUAUACCAAGUUGGACUUAUUCCAAAGCAGACAUAUACCGAGGUACCACUGUACAUUGAUCAUUGUGUUUUUCAAUUUAUAACAUAUUUUAACAAUAUACAUUUUCAACAUUUUGAAAAUGUAUUCCCAUAAUUCUUUGAUCAUAAUCCUCUCAAUCACUCAUGUGUAUUUUUUUCUUUCAAAUUAGAUUCCAAAUCCCAACAAUGUCGACAUUUGGCUCAAGGUUAAUGGAGAGACCAGACAAUCUGGUAACACUAAGGACAUGAUUUUCUCAGUAGAGCAUUUAAUAAGUUAUGCUAGUCAGUAUUUUACCUUAGAACCAGGAGAUUUACUGCUUACAGGCACACCAUCUGGUGUCUCAAAACUUAAUCUAGGUGAUGUUAUUCAAGCUGGCUUAGGUAAUAUUAUCUCAGUUCAGUUUACAGUUAGCUAGAUUGCUUUUCCAAUAGUGGCAAAAAAGGAUUACAUUUGCCCAUGGAAAUAUCUGUGGCGCUUUAAAAAAAAGCAACACCCUAACCUGACUCAUAUAACCAGAUUUGGUGAAUAUUAUAUUUCAUUACAAUAGGAUUUUAAGCAGAUGCAACGAAGAAUUUAGUUUGCUAUUGAAUUUAAAAUGUUUGUGUUUAUUUUGUAUGAAGUAGUGAAGAUUUCACGAUUUGAUUUGUUUUCGUGCAAUGUAUUACUAUUAUAUUUCAAGACUAGAUGAAUAAAACUUGAAUGAAAAAAAUGGACAAAGCUACAUGACAUUUUAAAAUUAAAUUUAUUCUGCGAGAUAUCUGUAUCCAGCACCCCUCAAACCCAAAAGGCAAAACUAAAAGAUCAGCAUAAACAACUUGCAAUAAAUAGCAUUUUGGUUUUUGUGUAAAUUAGUGUCAGAGAUGGACAUAAAACACAAGUCAUUUCAACUAAGGAAGCUUACAAGUUCUGUUUCAACAAUCAUUCUUACAAUAAACUUUAUCUACAAUCUCACUUGUUUGUAAAUACAUUUGAAACAACAUAAUUAAUAAUGAAGGGGCAUUUAUCAACAAAUGAUUUCUUUACAUUGCAUUCCUGUUAACUGGUACACCAUGGGCUCAUACUAUAAAAUGUGGGUCAUUCGGUAUUAGCAUUUUCUUGGUCAUACUAAGUCAGAUAAAUUACAUAUAUAGCUGAUAUACAUUGUGUCCCAAUGAUUCUGAUUACAAAGAGUAUGAUAGUACUUCUACAUGACUGGGCACCAUCAUCCCAGCAUAGAAUCCGAGCUAAUGCUGGACAAUUUCAGCAAAAUACUUUUAGCCCAGUGAAAUUUAUAGUAGAUCACUUCAAAGAAUUUUAUAUUUUUUAAAUUCUGUACAUAGUGUUACAGACAUUUUGCUCACCUAGCCUUUAAUGAAAGACAGUCAUUCAUUUUGUUAAUAAUGGCCCAUAUAUCAGAAACAGGGCAAUCUGUCUGCCCUAUCAUUAAACACUGUUGCGGUACCAUUGCAGACCUUCAAAGGCAGGGUUUGUUGGAUUCCAUUAGCAUAUAUGAUAGAAAGAAGAAGAAGUAAUAGAUAGGAAACUGUCCAUCUUAAGGAAGGCUGAUCCAUGUGCAAAGAACACUCUUUAAUAAUCGUCCAAAUCAAAAUCUUCAUAUAAACCUUCUUGCAAUGAGGGAUCCAGUGCCUGGAAGUCCACUUGAUACCUUAAGAUACCUAGUUGGGAAAAAAACAUGAAAUACAUCAUGAUUUUAUAAUCCAAUUAAUAAGUUCUGAGUAAACAAAAUUCUCAACAAUGUAUAAUUGAUAUAGAAACUUAACUAGUGAUCGGUUUAUUUAAAUGUGGAAAAAUAAACUUUUAUUAAUUCUUUAAGAGCAAGUUUUGCAUUAAAUUUUCAGCAGAAAUGUAAUGAAAAGUACUUGAAAAAUAAAGUAUACAUUUUUAAAAUUGUUUUUAUAAAAAUAAGUUUUAAAUUGGUAGCAUUAAAAAUAAAUUUAGCCCUUGCAUUUUAUAUAGUGUCACUCAUGAGGCAUCCAUAAAGGAGAAACAGGAAAGGGUUUUUGGGUGUUCCAUUCGGGGUGGGGGGAGAGAAUUGUUAAAAUAAAAUUUGAUUUUCAACAAUUGACCACCUUAAUGUUUUUCAUAUAUUACAUUUCUAUACAAACGAAUUUCAUGGUUUUUUUUUAAAUCCUACAAUUAUGAAUCUUAGUCUUAAGGCCUAAAUGCAAUAAAAAUUGAAAUUCAAUUUUGUUGUAAAGUAGCAUCUAGACUGCUGUUUUUCACCCACUAAUUUUGGUUAUCAGGAUGUGCUAGGCUAAAAAAAAAAAAGCUUUGGAAAAGCUGCAGUAACUAUGUGAAGCUGCAGUAACUAUGUGAAAAUUUGUGUCGUGGCCAGCUUAUCUCAAGGCUUUUAUGAUUGGGCAAAUAGAUCAGCCUUUCCUCUAACUUGCCUUAACACUCUGGGCCGAUAGAUUGGCGUGGCCAUAUCAAAAAGGUUAAUUUCUCCACAAAAAAAAAAUGAUCCAAAUAUUUUUAAAGUCUACUCCAGGAAUCUGAUUAUUAGCUUUUUUAAGUCAAGUAAUGCAGCAUUAUAGAACAUAAAUAGUAAUCAGGUAAUUUGUCUUUACCUCCUAUACCACCAAAACCCUUGACAAACUGAGCUCCUUCCUGUGACUUAUCUGUAAUAAUUUCAAGAGUGGCACCUAAAAGCAGACAAAAUGUUAAUUACUUUAAAUUUUAUGUACAUUUAAAAUACUAUAUUUCAAAUUUCAUUUGGUCUGUCCUAAUAAAUAGUCAAUAAUAGUCAUUAGAAAUAGAAACAUUACUAUGAAAUUACAUUGGAAUAGCCAAAAAUUGACAAAACGAUCUUUUACAUAUGACCAAAGAAUACAGAGAGCAUUUUAACUUACCAAAAUUUUUAUAAUUGUUGGCAAACCACUCCAGCAAAGGCAUUUGCUCUAUCAAUUCUAAUUCAACUCCUGUCUAAAUGAGAAAAAACAUUUUAUAAGAAAGUCAAAAGAAAAUACAACCUUUAAAGUUGCAAUAUUUUAAAUAGUUAUUAAAUAAGUGGCCUUUAACUUUAACACAAAUUGCUACUUAAAGCGAGAAUCUGUCCAUCAAUAAUUCCCCCCUGACCAAUAAACAAUGCUGCUGGGUAGCUGUCCAUGGCUUGACAUGUAAAUAGUUCUUAAAUGUUUGGAGUGAAUAUACAUUGGUUUUGUUUUAUUUAAUUAAUGUAAGUUAAUUUUUAAGAUCAUGAUUAUGUUUGUUAAAUUGUAUGUACAGCGUGGUGAGCUAUAUAAAACCACCACUAAUAAUAAUAUUAACAUCCCGUUUUCCUAAUUAUUUAAAAAUAAUACACUUAUUUAGCAAACAAAUACACUUGUUUUAUCUGUUGUAAAUACAUUGCUUCCAAGAACUCUAAAUAUUCAGAUAUCACAACCAUUCAAAAUUAUGAAUGAUAAGAAAGCAAUUUGGAAUCCUACCUCUUUGUCUGUGAAAUAAGUUUUAUCUUUUUCUUGAUCCGGCCGUAGGUGUAAAAUUUUUUCCUCUGUUGAUUAAAAAGAAAUUUGAAAUGUUGCGUUAACGAUAGAACAGAUCAUUAUAACACACUUGUUUUGUUAUAAAAGAAGCACAUUAUUUUAACAUAGCGUUAAUUAUAUUUUUUCAUGGAAUAAUUUGAUAAAUUUCCUUGUUUAUAGGUUUAUAAGCCAAUAUUUUUUUUAAUCCUACAUUUUUUGCUACACUUCUUUAAUUUAUAGAAACAGCAAUGAUUAGAAACAGCAAUGAUCCAAUGUCAUACACAUAAAUGCAAUGAGAAACACCAUUUUUAAACCAUUCAACUGUCAAUUCAGAUUCCCAGUCAAAGAGAAAAAACUCCAUGUGUACAAAUAGUAUUGAGUACAAUAUAAAAGUUAAGAAACAAAUGGAAUGAAAUACAUUUUGGAUUAUAAUCAAAUGACCAAGAGGAUCACAUUUAUAAAUAAUUGCUUCAUGUGUUGUUUUAUUAUGCUAUCUUCUAAUGGCUUUGUUGUGUGACUUAUUCUAAUUUAAACUACUGAAAAGUACUCUUCGCAUGAUCUUCACUUAAAGAAUAAAGUUAAUGCUACUGUUACCAUAAAUGAUUUUUUUGCUAUCCAACCAUAUUUAUUUAUUUUCUUAACAUAGUUUAAUACCCUAAUAAAGAGAUGUACACAGAUAUCAGUGCAUGAGAAAUGUAGGGAAAAAAUGUAUCUGUGACAGACACAUUUUAUAUGAGUCAUAUGAGAAUCAACCAUUAACACUUAAUUUAAAUUACUUCAAUAGAUUUUCCAGGAAAGACACUUCUUUAUUACCCGUGCAAAUCUUGAAACUAGGUUCAGAGAGCAU